AUGACUGAACAGCGUGUUCCACAUGCAAACGCCGCAUCGCCCGUCAACCCCCGCAUCAUCAUCCACGGUGGCGCAGGCAACAUAACGCGCACGUCCAUUCCUCGUGAUCGUUACGAUGAAUACCGCAAGUCGCUUCUCAACAUUCUUGAUAAAACUGAGACACUUCUACGUAGGCCAGGAUCAACAGCGCUAGACGUAGCCACGUAUGCAGUCUCCCUCCUAGAGGACGACCCGUUAUACAACUCCGGUAAAGGCGCAGUCUUUACACGCGAAGGCAAGAACGAACUUGAAUGCAGCAUUAUGGUUUCAGAUGGAUACAGCAAACGAGGUGUCGGGUGCAUGCUGCUCAGGCGCGUCAGAAACCCAAUUAAGCUAGCACGAGAAUUGCUCAUCCGUGGCGAGGAAGCGGAUGGCGGUGGUGCAGCCGACCAUUGUCAAUACAGCGGAGAGUUUGUCGAAGGACUCGCGAAGGAAUGGGGGCUUGACAUCGUAGAUUCAGGCUACUUCUUCACACAAAAGAGAUGGGACGAACAUCAGCGCGGACUUGCAGAUGAGAAGAAGAAGGCCGAGAUGGGUAUGAGCGUGGAUGAGAUGAGCGAUUGGGAGAAAGACAACUAUAUUCCGCUUGGAACUUGUGGUGCAGUGGUUGUAGAUAGCUUUGGUACCGUUUGCACGGCAACUUCAACAGGCGGGUUGACGAACAAAGUUCCUGGGCGUAUUGGAGAUACACCGACUAUUGGCGCAGGGUUUUGGGCUGGAGAGUGGUACGACGAAAAGACCGUUAGACCGCAGAUGGUGUACCAACCUUCUGCUUCUCCUGCCUCGCCGAUCGACAAACUAUCGAGAGGCGAUAUACGCGGUGUAGUAGACGACUGUAUACCAUUCCUCGGAUCGCCCACGAUACGAGGGAAUGUGUUGUCAUCCACCAAGCCAUAUGAAAAGCCUGUGUUGACACGUCACGCUGUAGGUCUCUCAGGGACCGGCAAUGGCGACUCGUUUCUUCGUACAUGCGCAGCUCGCACCACAGCUGCCAGAUCACAAUUCUCUGCAACAUCACUUUCGGAUGCGACAACGUGGAUGGCGGGACCCGACGGUCAGCUUCAACGAUCUGCUGGAAAGCAUUGGGGCGUAACCCAUGAAGGCACCGGCGGUAUCAUUGGUAUAGAGCUUGUCGGUAAUGAAGUAAACGUUGUACAAGAUUUCAAUUGCGGAGCAAUCAUGCGUUACACCAUCUUUACUCUGGCCGCAGCUGCCUCAGUCGCUUCAGCGCAAUCCUCUUCCUCUCCAGCCAGCGCAUCUCCCACAGGCACCCUCAUUCCCGUUGGCGAGAAGUGCGAUCCCAACGGCACACCAUGCGCGCUCGGCGCCAACUGCUACGCAGUCAACUCCAUGCUCCAACCCGUCUGCGGCAACUUCCAGGCCUCAUGCAAAAACGACCAGCAGUGUGCUUUCAACACAUGCAACCUUGAGCAAGGUCUUUGCAACGGCUUCAUCGCUUCCUCCUCGGCCUCAUCAUCCUCGGCGUCAGCAACGAUCACCACCACACCGACUGCACCGGGCCCAAUGCCUGCUCCUUCAUCAACCAUCGUCGCCCCUGCUGGAUCUUUGCCCCUCGGUGCCGAAUGCAACCCUUACGUCAACCCAAGCCAAUGCGCGAAUGGUGUGGACUGCUGGGCUAGCAAUGCCAUGUUGAUUGCCCGCUGCGGUAACUUCAACGCUGAGUGCUCGAGCGAUGCGCAGUGUGCCUACAACACCUGCAGCGGCGGACUCUGCAGAGGUUUUCUCCCAUCCAGCGCUAUGCCUGUCCAACCAUCCAGCGUUAUGCCCGUUCAGCCAUCUAGCAUGAUGAGCGCGGUGCACCCAUCCAGCAUGAUGAACGGUACCGUGCCCAUGCAGCCAACUGGCACUGGCGCUGCUAGGCCCACCGGUAACGGAACUGCCACUUCUACUGGUUCUGUCGAGUUCACCGGUGCUGCGUCUGCCGACAACGUCGCCAGCGGUGUCAUGGCUAUUGUCUUCGGCGCUGUUGCUUUGGCUUUGUAG